UAUAGAGAGAGUUACAUACGAAAAGCCAUCUCAUCCACAUUUCUCUCACCCACUUUCUCUCUCUCUCUCCGCGCUUUUGUAUUUUUUUAAAAUACAUUUUCUCCAAAAAAAAUUGAGGAUCGGAAAAAAAUAAUAAUAACCGAGAGAAGAAAAUAGAGAAGGAGAUCGUGAGAGAGACAGGGAGGCAGAGCUGAAGAACGGAGAUAAUUUUUUAGGUUUGGAGACUCCGUAGAAUCAUUGGCGUUACCUUUCAUUCAUUCUACACCUCGAAGUGUCUUCUGAACGCUCCAUCUCCUCGUCAUGGUGGCCACCUCUGCUACAUCCUCAUUCUUCCCUCUCCCAUCUUCCUCUCUCGACAACCCUAAUGGCAACAAAGUUACCUCCACUAACUUCUCUGGACUCAAUCAAGCACCAAGCUCCGGAGGUAGGAUGAAGGUUAAACCAAACGCCCAGGCUCCACCCAAGAUCAACGGCAAGAGAGUUUCUUUCCCAGGCUCAGCAGCACACAUCGUGAAGACUACUGAUAAUAGCCACGAUGUCACGCAACAGCACGCGCCCAGAACGUUCAUCAACCAGCUACCUGACUGGAGCAUGCUUCUCGCCGCCAUUACCACCGUAUUCUUGGCCGCUGAGAAGCAGUGGAUGAUGCUCGAAUCGAAACCUAGGCGUUCCGACAUGAUUAUGGAGAAUCGGUUUGGUCUAGGGAGAAUCGUUCAGGACGGGCUUGUGUUUCGUCAGAGUUUCGAUAUCAGGUCUUAUGAGAUAGGUGCUGAUCGCUCUGCUUCUAUAGAAACUGUCAUGAAUCACUUACAGGAAACGGCUCUGAACCAUGUGAAGUCAGCUGGACUGCUGGGAGAUGGGUUUGGUUCUACGCCUGAGAUGGUUAAGAAGAACUUGAUAUGGGUCGUUACUCGUAUGCAGGUCGUCGUUGAUAAAUAUCCUACUUGGGGAGAUGUUGUUGAAGUUGAUACAUGGGUCAGUAAGUCUGGAAAGAACGGUAUGCGUCGUGAUUGGCUAGUUCGGGAUUGCAACACUGGAGAAAUCUUAACUCGAGCAUCAAGUGUGUGGGUGAUGAUGAAUAAAGUGACGAGGAGAUUAUCAAAGCUUCCUGAAGAGGUUCGAGGGGAGAUAGAGCCUUACUUUGUGAACUCUGACCCUAUCCUUGCAGAGGACAGCAGGAAGUUAACAAAACUAGAUGACAAGACUGCUGACUAUGUUCGCUCUGGUCUCACCCCGAGAUGGAGUGACUUGGACGUUAACCAGCAUGUUAACAACGUGAAGUACAUCGGGUGGAUACUCGAGAGUGCUCCCGUGGAGAUGAUGGAGAAGCAUAAGCUGAAAAGCAUGACUCUCGAGUAUAGGAGGGAAUGCGGGAGAGACAGUGUGCUUCAGUCUCUGACCGCGGUUUCGGGAUGCGAUGUUGGUAACAUUGGGACGGCUGGUGAAGUGGAGUGUCAGCAUUUGCUUCGACUCCAGGAUGGAGCUGAAGUGGUGAAGGGACGAACGGUGUGGAGUUCCAAAACACCAACUUGGGACACUACAUCGUAAAGAAAAAAAAAGUAAAGACAUGGGUGCUUUGGUUCCUCUGUAAAAAACUAUACCUGCUUCUUGCAACCACCACCUUUGUAUAUUUUCUUCUUAUUUUUGUUUUUUGUUUUUUUUUUCUUUUGAUGGAUAUACAUUAUAUUUAUUUAAUCUUUCUAUUUUUUUUAUCUUUUUGUUACGAUUAUGUUAUUUAUCAAUGUAUUUCCAUGUGCAAUGACCUUUUUUAAAUCCCACUCUAUAUUUAUUGUA